AUGCAGCAGCCACCACAGACUGUUCCAGCAGGAGCGGCAGCUCCACCUCCUGCAGGCAUUGCUCGGAACGUGUACUGGAGAAACAGCUCGCUCGGUAAACGAGCAAAUGCAACAGCUGCCCCGGUGCAGCCCGUGACAGACCCUUUUGCAUUUGGCAGACAAACUCCACAGGGUUCCCCUUUAGAUAAUCCAUCCAAGGGCAAUGCAUUGGUUAUGCAAAGUUCUUCCCCAGCGGUGUUUCCACAGCCAGCCGUUCUGCAUACUUCACUGUCACGUGCAGGGGACAAUCCUCAUGGACCGCAUACGUCUUUAGCAGCUCCUGUAUCUCAACCGGGAAUAAAUACCAGUUCAUUUUCUAAUGUUUCAAUUCCUUCCCCGUCCCCAGGAUAUGUUAUAAAUAGUACUACAGAAGCACAUCCAAAUGCAGAUCUUGGACUCCGUGGGCCUGCAGUACCAUUGCAUUAUAAUACAGGAGCAGCAGUUGAAAAUUCUUUCAGUGUGCACCCUGGAAUGGUGUCUGCGUCAAACAAGCCUGGAGGUAGACAAGAUUUUAGUAGAGAUCCAAAUGAUGUUCCUUCAGGACCCAGUGCAACAGCACUCUUCCCUCCACCUCCACAGCAGCCUAUGUCUCAGUGGAGGCCUGUUCAAGGUAACCUGCAGUCUCCAGUUCGAAAUUUUGUGCCCUGUCCUGAGCCAUCUUCUCAGAUUGACGUUCAUAACAUUUCUCAGUCUUCUGUUAGUGCUUCUCAUCCUCCUCCACAGACGAAUUUACAGCAGGGUCCUGUACACCAAGGUGUUCCACAAAAUAUCAUUCAAGCGCCUUUAUCCGUUGGUUGUGAAAAGAAUGGGAAAAAUGGCUCUGCAAAUAGCAGUCAUCACAUGAACAGCAUCCAGCCUGGGAACAUGUUUAGGCAGAACGCAGAAAUGACCAACGCUUGGUUAAAUCAACCAUAUCAGGAACAGUUUUACCCACAGCCACCAUUGCAAGGCUCCAAUUCUGUCGUUCCCGCAGCUCAGGAAAAUAUCCCCAAAAACCAAUCUCCAGAUAUGUCUGAAACAUCAAAUAGACCUAUUGCCACAGAUCGAGAUUCAGGAACUCUCUCCAUGUUUUUCAAAGGGGAUGAGGCGGAAAAUGAAGAAAUACUUUCAUCUGAAAAAAAUUACGUAGCUGAGAAAACUGAGUUUGAUGCUUGUCAGCCAAAUUUGGCAUCCUUGUAUCACCAGCCAAUGCAUCCUCAGUGGGUUGCAACUAAUGUUCUCUCUCAGGCGCAGAUGGGUACAGGUUCAGCCAAUGAGAUGGUACAAAAAGGAAUGGAUGUCCAGUACUUUCCUAAAAUUGUAAGUCAGCAGGAGACACAGGCCGCUAAGCACUCUGUGUUUGUUAAUGAUGACAAGGCACGUAUAGGUGACAUGGCAGGGAAUAGCGGGUCACAGUAUGAAAAUGUUGAGAACCUGGAGUGCGUUCAGAAUCAAGAAGUGCUGCCAAGUGAACCGCAGAACUUCAGUGCUUCAUCCCCUGCUGCUGGUCCUGAUCUGUACAGAUAUACAUCCUUUCCAGGUCAGAUGCUUCCAAAGAAUGCUGUUGUGAGCCAUGCUGAAGGAGGACCGAAUUUGGAGGCACCCGACUCAUUACCUCAUCCCGUCCGACCUGAUAGUGUAUCUUCAAACUAUAGCAACAUUAGCCAUAGGAGCGCUUCCAGCUCAGCAAGACCUCAAGAGCAAGUCGGUACGUUUAUUCAGCAAGAAAGUGGGAAGCCUGAUGAAGAAUCUUCUGCCAGCUUCUUUAAACAGAUUGACUCCUCGCCUUUGGGAGGCGAUUCGAGUGAGCUAAACCUGGGCAUGAGCUAUCAUGGUCAUCUAUCCCAACCUCCAACUCCAAGUCCUCCUAAGCCUACAGGAGUUUUUCAGACGAGUGCAAAUAGUUCUUUUGAACCUGUGAGGUCCCAUGGAGUUGGUAUAAAACCUGCGGAGAUUGACCAAGCAAAGAUGGUGGUUGAAUUAAGAGAGAACCACUCAAACCAAAAGAAUAUCAAGAAGAAUACAGCUGUGCCGACUCCAUCCCCAGGCAAUCUUGAACAGCCACCAGAUAAUCUGGAAACUAUUUUCAUGCCUCAGGUACACCCACUGCCUCUUGCAGUCACUGAAGCUGGAAAUAUGUUGCACUCUGGACCUGUUAUGGAAAAUAUACAAUCAGUAUCUGAGAGAAGGUCCUCAACAAGAGCUCAGGGAGCAGUUAAGAAGUGCGAUAGCCCAGCAACAACUUUGUGGGCUCAUAAUGAGUUACCUAAUUUUGGGGGAAAUGUUCUUCUAGCUCCUGCUGCUCCUGCAGUGUACGUACCUGCCAAACAAACUGUGGAAGUCAUUCAGCCUCCCGAAGAAGGUCUGUCUAAUCAGCAGGCAAGUAAACCAGGGACUACUGCUGUGCAGCUUUCCCAAGAUGGAAAUGUAUCCUCUGAAAAUCUUGAGAAUCCUCCCAAAAUGGGAGAAGAGGAGGCACUUCAGUCUCAGGUGACAAAAGAUGUACAGCAUCAGGCUGUAUCAGACAGAGCUGUACAGGGAGCAUUGCCGUCUCAGCCACAAAUGCAGGCAGCUCAAAUGCAGCAGCCAAUAUCUUCUGGGCAGUCCUCAGUUCCUUCAAACUACCAGGUUGCCGCAGGGACUAAAACCAUGAGUAACCAUUCUCAACCUGUGGGUCCCCAAGAGGCAAGUUCAGCACAGCCGACAGCAAGGUAUGAUCAGACGAGUCCCGAUAAGCAGCUGGCAUCUGGACAACCACCACCGAGUGCUGCAACUUCCACAGCCCCUUCUGCUACCACCAGUCAGUCGGUCACACCAAACGUGCAGCAAGACCUGCAGCGUCCAUCCCUGCCUCAGACUCCUCAGGAUGCCUUUGGUCCACCCCAGAACCCUUACUACUACUAUCGACAUCCUUAUGAUGCUUAUCAGCCUCCUUAUCCACCACCCUAUCCUCCUGCAGACCCCAGAACAGCAGCUCAUCUUUAUUACAUGGAGGAUAACUAUGGACAGUAUGACCCACGGUACAGACACUACGAUAGCACCAGCAAUGCUUACGGGGAGCUUGGGAGCUAUCGGUACCCUGAGCCUGAACGUCCUAGUUCCAGAGCCAGUCACUGCUCUGACAGGCCUUCUUCUAGGCAAGGUUAUACUGAAGAUUAUUAUUCAAAAGGUGGAUGGAGUGAUUAUUAUCCAGGCUAUUACCCAAACUCGUAUGAUUAUGGAGAUCCAAAUCGCUGGGAACGUUACUCAUCAGCAUAUGACCCCAGAUACAGAGAUCCUAGAAGUUACGAUCAGCGGUAUUGGUAUGAUGCUGAACACAACCCUUACCAGAAGAGAGAAGCGUAUCCAUAUGGCAACAGACAUGACCGAUACGAAGAUAACUGGAGAUAUGAUCCUCGUUUCACUGGAAGUUUUGAUGAUGACUCUGAACCCCAUAGAGAUCCUUAUGGGGAUGAAUUCGAUAGGCGCAGUGUCCACAGUGAGCAUUCUGGUCAUAGUCUCCGUAGCUCCCGCAGUGUUCACAGUCACCAGAGUAGUUUCAGCUCUCGCUCUCAACAAAGCCAGCUGUAUAGAAGUAAUCAUGAUCUAAUGGCUAAUACGUAUGAAACUACUGCGCAGGCAGUGUCGCUCCACACAGAUUAUCCAUAUGGCGGAUAUGCUGCUAAUUUUGAUGGACAACAGCCUUUUACAGAUUACGGCUACCCGACUGAAACUGGAUGGUCAGCUGUAGAACAAGCACCUUUAAGGCCCUCAACGCCUGAGAAAUUUUCAGUGCCUCAUAUCUGUGCUAGGUUUGGUCCUGGGGGCUUCUUAAUAAAAGUGCUGCCAAACCUGCCUUCAGAAGGACAGCCAGCUCUGGUUGAAGUGCACAGUAUGGAGACUAUGUUACAACAUUCUCCAGAGCAAGAAGAGAUGAGAGCGUUUCCUGGUCCUCUUGCUAAGGAUGACACCCAUAAAGUGGAUGUUAUUAAUUUUGCACAAAAUAAAUCUACACAAUGCUUUAAAAAUGAAAAUUUAAUUGACAAAGAAUCAGCAAGUCUGCUUUGGGACUUUAUUGUACUGUUGUGCAGGCAGAAUGGGACUGUUGUGGGAACAGACCUGGCUGAACUUCUGCUCCGAGAUCAUAAAACAGUGUGGCUUCCUGGGAAGUCCCCUAAUGAGGCAAAUUUGAUUGAUUUCACUAAUGAGGCUUUGGAACAAGUGGAAGAGGAAUCUGGUGAAGCCCAGCUCUCAUUUCUCACUGACAGUCUUAUAACCACUAUUGACAGCCUUGAGAAAGAGACAGAGAGAUUCAGAGAGUUGCUGCUCUAUGGCCGGAAGAAGGAUGCUUUGGAGUCUGCCAUGAAGCAUGGUUUAUGGGGUCAUGCUCUGCUACUUGCCAGCAAAAUGGACAGUAGAACACACGCAAGAGUUAUGACCAGAUUUGCCAACAGUCUCCCAAUUAAUGACCCUCUGCAGACUGUUUACCAGCUCAUGUCUGGAAGGAUGCCAGCUGCAUCCACGUGCUGUGGAGAUGAGAAAUGGGGAGACUGGAGGCCUCAUCUAGCAAUGGUGUUGUCCAACUUGACCAAUAAUGUGGACUUGGAAUCCAGGACCAUCGCUACCAUGGGAGACACUCUUGCUUCUAAAGGCCUGCUGGAUGCUGCUCACUUUUGUUACCUUAUGGCCCAAGUUGGAUUUGGAGUUUACACAAGGAAGACAACAAAGCUUGUCCUAAUUGGAUCAAAUCAUAGCUUGCCAUUUUUAAAGUUUGCCACCAAUGAAGCCAUCCAAAGAACUGAAGCCUAUGAAUAUGCACAGUCACUAGGAACUCAGCCUGGCUGCUUGCCCAAUUUCCAGGUUUUCAAAUUCAUCUAUGCUUGUCGACUAGCUGAAAUGGGACUGGCUGCUCAGGCUUUCCAUUACUGUGAAGUGAUUUCCAGAACUGUCCUUAGAGAUCCACAUUACUAUUCACCUGUACUUAUUGGCCAGCUAAUCCAGAUAUCAUCGCAGCUACGCCUGUUUGACCCACAGAUAAAAGAAAAACCAGAACAGGAAUCUUUUAUUGAACCUUCAUGGUUAGUGAGGCUUCGACAUGUGGAUGGACAGAUCAAGGAGGGUGCAAUAGCUUAUAGCACAGACAGAUCCACCCCACCACCAUAUGCGUGUAGCACACCAAGCUCUGAGUUAGACCAUGCUAGUCAAUGUGAUGGAGCGGGAGUUGGCCGUGACAUGGGUCCAGGUGCUGAAAAUGCGUUGUUAGCAUCCUUACUACCCAACAUGGCUCAACAGAUGCAAAGUGUGCAGCUGAUGCCUUCAGUACCUCAGGCUGUCCUUGGUGGGCCAGCUGCUGUGAUUCCUCAUGGUGACCAGGAAGCUGUCCGAAAUGUCCCAUUCUAUUCAGUGGCUUCCCAGCCUAUUGGUCCAGGACCCGGCUUUGCACCUCCAGGAUUUUCAAAUCCGUAUGGAACUGAACCAUCACCGCAGUAUUUAGGGUCAGCACUACCACCAGGAGGGCCACCUCAAGAAAUGGAACCACGGUCAGAACAGCAAACAAACCUGGAAACAGGAAUGCAGAGAAUUGCCCCAGAGACUCCUUCACAAAACUUCCCUGAACAGAGAGAGGAGGAUUUCUAUGGCAGAAUGGCUAGCAUGGGCUAUGGGCGAAGAUCCCGAACAACUUCAGAGUCCUCCGCUCAUUCUGCAGGACGAGAGAGAUCCAACUCUGCAGCAAAACAGCCUUCUCCUCCUCCCACUGUUCCUGCAGGGCAAGAGACUAAAAAAGAAACAAAAAAGGAGCCAGCACCUAGAAAGAGUGGUGCAAACUGGUUUCGCUGGCUGAUGGGAAAAGGAAAGAAUGAAGCUCACCUUCCAGAUGACAAGAACAAAUCAAUUGUUUGGGAUGAACAGAAACAACGCUGGGUUAAUCUGGAUGAACCAGAAGAAGAGAGUAAGCCUCCACCACCACCUCCAACUGGAUUUCCUAAAGUUCCUCAGUCAGCUCCAGCUGGACCUGGAGGCCCACCGAGUGCCCCUGUCAACGUGUUCUCCAGAAGAGCAGCUGGAAGCAGAGCCCGUUACGUUGAUGUCUUGAAUCCGGGUGGAACCAAGUCAAGUGGUACUGUUCCUGCACCAUCAGACCUGUUUGCGCCCUUGGCACCAAUGCCAAUUCCUGCAAAUGUAUUUGUUCCAAACUCAGUUCCAGGGGAACCCCAGCCAAUGGAAGGGAGCGGCGCAGCAGAGCACACACCACCUGCAAAUCAAACUGACCUAGAUCCUGCUGCAGCUGUUGAGCCAGAGUAUUUAAACCCUGCAGUCCUUCCUCCUGGAUCUGGGCUUCCUCUUUCUAACCCUGAUGGCUCCCAAUCAGGCGAGCUUUCGCGCUCUAGUUCAAUGAGUUCAUUAUCACGUGAAGUAAGCCAGCAUUUUAAUCAGCCUGCCGCUGUGCCGCCCUCGGGGGGACCCUCGGCAGGAGCAGUACCCUUCUACAAUCCUUCUCAAUUUGCACAGUCUCCUGCAGUCACUGGAAGUUCAAGACUGGGAAGAAUUGGACAGAGGAAGUAUCCGACAUUGAAGUAG